AUGUCGCUGCUGACGGAGUACGAGGGGUGGAAGGAAUCGCCGGACGUCGAGUCGCUGCUGCCGUCCACGUCACAGCCAUCGGAGUCGCAGCCGCCGGCAUCCCAACCCUCUGUACCGUCCCUUACCACUCCGCCUUCAGCGACCGACUCCGCUCAACUGCCGUCCCCUCGCCGGCCACACCCACACCCGCCGGGCGCUGCCGCCAUUCCGUCCGCCUCUACACCGGCAACCGCAAGGCUUCCGCGAGGGGAGAGCGAUCGCGGGCCGCGGUCGAAUGAGGGGGAGGCGGCGGAAGCGCAACGCCAGGCGGCGGAGCAACGCCUUCCGCCGUCCGUCAGCACCGGCGGCAAAGCGAAGCAACGCAGCGGGCCCUUGAACCGGGUAACGUCCGCGCUGCGUCCCAUGUCCGCCAUGUACCCCCGGCGCAAGCCGCUAGGCGCGGGAGUGCGCUUCGACGACGAUCGCGACGUCCCCUCGCCGAGAGCCGACGGCAGCAACAGCUUACCGAGGGCGAGCGCCGCCGUCGACGCGCAGCCUGACGACGGGGGGGCGCUGACGGGCGGGCAGAAGAAACCGGGAGAGGAAGGCGGAUUGCAAGGCGAGGGCGGUGUGGGGAAGAUGGGGUCGGGGCGGAGCAAGUGGCAGAUGGUGCGGCGGUCGCUGAAAGACAUUAAGGAAGUGGAGCGCGAACUCAAGGACAUGGCGGACACCGCGCGCGGAGGGGCGGCGGCGGACGACGAGGGCGCGAGUGAGGGCGCGGACGACGACGACCUGGAGCGGCUCGCCAAGGACCUCGAAGCGCUGCGCGCCGAGCGCAAGGCGCGGCAGCAGCAGCAGAAGCAGCAGCGCGCGACGAACCCGCUAGGCAACGCGGGCGGACCGCCGCAAUCGGCGGUGCACGUGGACAUGCCGGGCGGCGUGCGGCAGCGCAAGAUGGUGCGGCAGAGUGUGAUCAUGUGCAUGGACCCCAUGUGCAACCGCUGCCCGCCCGAGAUGCACCUCCACAUGCGCAAAAUGAUGGCCGCCGCCGCGCCCGGCGCCAGCGCGGCCGUGACGCCGGUGGCGAAGGACUACUCGGCGAUGGACUGGAUGCUGGACGACGAUGGCGACGAGGAUGGCGACGGCGAGGAGGAGCUGCUCGUCACACUGCGCUGCUGCGGCCUCCGAUUCACCUACGUGAGCCCCCACACCCGCGCUGCCUACUCGCAGCGGCACAUUGCCACUGUUGCU